GGCACAAAGAAGCAGUUGCAAAUUGCUGAAGAAAUAUUUGCAUGAUCAAGCUUUUGAACAUACUUUCUGAAAAUCUGAUAUUUCGUGUGCUUCACUAAAUCCUAAACACUAUCUCCCAAAUAUACUAGACAUAUUAAUUAUAAAGAGCGAUCUGUUUUUUCGCGCACAAUCUUCGUGUAUACUGUAAAUUACGAAAAAGAGUGUCAAGUCGGUGUAGGAAUGUGGCACUUCAAAAUGGCUGCCAGUUACUUUAGUAAUUUACGGCUGUAUCUUUCUUUGUUGUUGCUGAUGUAAUUACGACUAUAAAUUGGAGUACUACAGAAUUAAUUUUAAGGAAAAAUAGUGAAUUAAAAGUUCUAUGUGCAUGUUACCUUCGUCACAUGGGUUCUGUGGAAACGUGAGAAUAGAAUAUGCUCUAAACUUGUUCUCUCUUGAUUACUACUUCGGUUAAACUUAUUGCAAGAAAUUUUUUAGCCAAUGUCUUUUCGUCUAUGAAGAAAGUGUGUUACUGUUACUCGUUUUGCAUACAAAGGACAUUCUGGAUCGAUCUUUUACGCAUCUAAUGAAUAGAUGUAUGUAUACAUAUAUAUAUAUGUCACAGCCGGAUUAAAGCUAGGUCUCAGAAGGCCUAGCAUGGGCCACUAUGAAUCCACCCGCAGUUAACAAAUCGAGCACUCGUGGCUCUGGAUAUCAUCAAAAGGCUUUAGCUGAAAUUCGCAAUUCUCUAUUACCUUUUGCGAAUAUCGGAGGGACAGGAGAAGUAGGUUCUAGUGCUGCUAGUACUAUAUCUACUUUAUCCACAACCAGUGGCAUCAGUUCAGCCUCAGGACUUAGCGGUCUUUCUGCAGCUUCUGGUUCUACUAUAGAUAAAUCUGAUCAACGUCAACUGUUAGCCCAGUUAUUAACCAUGGGAUAUUCAGAGGAAAUCGCAUUACGAGCUUUGAAGUUAGCCGGCUGGCGUUUAGAUGCAGCUAUCGAAUUCUUGAAGCAGGCUCAAGGAGAAUCUCUGAACGGACUUGGUAAAUUGAACAGCAAGUUAAUAAGGAAGCCUAGUUUGGAAAGAGAAUUAAGUCUACAACGUGGUAGUCCUGCGUUGGACAGCGGAGCGGGAAGUUCACGAUCCGAUAGUCCUCGUUUGACGGAGCUUAGUCCACAUCCGCAGUUGAGUCGACAAUAUUCACCGAGUAAUUUUGUAGAAAGAGAACCACCUCCUCCUCCACCUCCUAGGUGCAGCUCGACACCGCCACCGCCUCCGCCACCUCACGCACCUUAUAACCAGCCGAAUGUACCUACUAAUAUGCAGCAGAUGCUGAAACGUAUGUCUCCCGCUCCGGUUGUUCCUACUCGACCACCUCCUACUACACCCGGUAACACUGGACCGAUUUCAACGUCCGUUAAUCUGCCGCAAAGGGGCACGAGUCCGGUGGCUAGUUCAAACAAUAGUUCUAAUACUCGUCAACCUAUGAUCGUUCAAAAUGGUCCUCAAGUUCAACAGCAACUUUCUCAACAAAUGCAGGCUCUCAGUAUUUAUCAAGCGAACAAUAGCACUUCGAAUACUCAAGUUGAACCACCACCUCCGUAUCCAAUAGUUUCUUCAUCGUCGGCUGGUCCGGUGCAACCACCAUCAUAUAGUGCUUCUAUGCAAAACAGGCAGAGCCCUACGCAAUCUCAGCAAGAUUACCGUAAAAGUCCUUCGUCCGGUAUUUAUUCGGGUCCGACAUCAGCUGGUUCGCCGAGUCCUAUUACCGUUUCCGCUAUAUCUCCGAGUACCCAGGCAUCAAUGGCCAGACCAACUCCGUUACAGGCUUGGGGCGCGCGGCAAGCGAAAACGCAGCCGCCGAUAAUUAUGCAAUCUGUAAAGAGUACUCAAGUACAAAAACCUGUGUUGCAAACAGCAAUUGCGCCAACAUCACCUCAACCGAUUUCUACCACUAGCAAUACACCUCCGCCUCCACCUUCUUAUGCAUCUUCGAUUCAACAAAAGCAACAACAGCAGCAGCAACAACCACAACAGCAGCAGCAGCAGCAACCACAGCAACAGCAGCAGCAGCAGCAACAACAACAGCAGCAGCAGCAGCAGCAGCAACAACCACCACCACCUGCUUACCCCCCAGUAAAUAACGUUGGUACAACAUCCGCGAAUAAUAUAAACGUGGGUGUUUCUGUAGGGGUACCCACCACGGAACCGCCGAGUUAUGCAAUAACGAUGCAGGUAUUAGCAGCGCAACGCGGCAUGCAUCAUCCUGUUCCUCCACCUCCGUACGGUACAGCCAACACGGAAGAUUCAAGCGGAAUAUCAACGAUGGAGAACAACGCAUCCCUUAGAUCGUCUCCGGUCGCUCUUCACCCUCCGUUACAAAGAAAAUAUUCGCCUGCGGAUAGUUGCCAACAUUCGACAGAAACUCCACCUUUGCCUCCGGUGGCAUCGACUUCUGUCCAAACAAGAAGUAACAGCUGUAAUAAUAACGGCAGUAACAAUAAUAACAACAACAGCAACAGUAAUCCAAGUGGAAACAAUAAUAACCAUAGUAAUAAUAAUAAUAACAACAAUAAUAAUAAUAAUAAUAAUAACAAUCAUUCACCGGAUAACAAUGGGGCAAAGGGUAAUUCACCUUCGUCUUAUAAGAUCAAGCAUCAGUCUCCGAUACCAGAACGCAAGCAUAUGAGCAAAGAGAAAGAAGAAGAGCGUAGAGAUUGCAAAGUUCGUAAUUACUCUCCUCAGGCUUUUAAAUUUUUCAUGGAACAACACGUUGAAAACGUGUUAAAAUCUCAUAAGCAACGAUUGUAUCGGCGGCUUCAACUAGAAACAGAAAUGGCUAAGAUAGGUCUUAGCGCUGAGGCUCAGUGUCAAAUGAGGAAAAUGUUGUCGCAGAAGGAAUCGAAUUACAUUAGAUUGAAACGUGCGAAGAUGGAUAAAUCGAUGUUCACGAAAAUUAAACCAAUCGGGGUCGGUGCUUUCGGUGAAGUGACGCUUGUCAGAAAACUGGACACCAACCAGUUUUAUGCGAUGAAAACUUUAAGAAAAGCGGACGUGUUAAAUCGCAAUCAAGUUGCACAUGUUAAAGCUGAAAGAGAUAUACUGGCAGAGGCUGAUAACGAAUGGGUGGUAAAGCUCUAUUAUUCCUUUCAAGAUAAGGACAAUUUAUAUUUCGUAAUGGAUUACAUACCUGGCGGUGACCUGAUGUCCUUGCUUAUAAAGUUUGGGAUUUUCAAGGAACCAUUGGCAAGAUUUUAUAUCGCCGAGCUAACGUGCGCCGUUGAAAGUGUUCAUAAGAUGGGUUUUAUUCAUCGAGAUAUUAAGCCGGAUAAUAUUUUAAUUGAUCGAGACGGGCACAUCAAAUUGACAGAUUUUGGGCUGUGUACAGGAUUUCGCUGGACCCACAAUUCAAAAUAUUAUCAACAAAACGGUCAUGGGAAGCAAGAUUCGAUGGAUCCUGCCGACGAUUGGAACAACGAAUGUCGCUGUAUGCAAUUGAAGCCUUUGGAACGUAGAAGGCAUAGGGAACAUCAGAGGUGUUUAGCUCAUUCUUUAGUUGGAACACCAAACUAUAUUGCACCGGAAGUUUUACAAAGGACAGGAUACACUCAGUUAUGUGAUUGGUGGAGUGUUGGUGUAAUUUUGUACGAAAUGUUAGUUGGUUCCCCACCGUUUCUUGCCAAUACUCCAGCCGAGACACAAUACAAGGUAAUUAACUGGGAGACAACUCUGCACAUCCCGAAACAAGCGAACCUAUCCGCGGAAGGUAUGGAUUUGAUAUUAAAGCUGUGCGUUGGCGCAGAUCGUCGGUUAGGUAAGAAUGCGGACGAAGUGAAAAAUCAUCCAUUUUUUGCGAGUAUUGACUUUGAGAAAGGAUUGCGUCGACAAGUAGCUCCUCAUAUACCCCGGAUACAAUAUCCUACCGAUACCAGUAACUUCGAUCCCGUGGAUCCUGAUAAAUUAAGGAAUUCAGAAUCUUCCGACUCUAACAAGUCAAACGAAUUAUUGGAUAACGGAAAACCAUUUCACGGUUUCUUUGAAUUCACAUUUAGACGCUUCUUUGACGAUGGUGGUGGUCCUGCGUAUCCUAGUCGAAUAAGUUUGGACGAUAACGAUAAUCAAGGUCCUGUUUACGUAUGACAGUAGGUUUAUAAGUUUUAUUCGCACUCAAGUUGAUGCAGUGUUUCACGUUCGAUCAGAUAAUCUUUGUAAAUAUUGUUCGAAAAAAUAUUUGUUCAGAAUCGAUGAGUAGUAAUAGUAGUUAGAGUAAUAUGAAUUGGACAAAUUUUUUUUUGUUAAAUCUUCAAUGAAUGUAUGUAUCGUACUACCUAUUAUAUUAUACAAACUGAGAAAAGCGACGAUAACACAGAAACCCUCGCGUUUGUUCCUUAAUUUCGAUAAAUUAUCAUAUCUGUUGUUUCGUAACUUGUUUUCCUUUGUUUUUUCCUAUUCUUCUUCUUACUUGUUUUAUAAAUUCAAAUUGUUAGAGUCACUUGUCCGAAGAUUCAAUUUUCUUUCAUUUUUUUUUUUCUUUCUUUUUUUCUUUUAAUCAAGUUUAGAAGACGGAAUUUCACAUGCUCGCAUAAUCCAGGUUCAUGGGCAUUUAUCAUCAGUUUCUAAUGAUACAAUUGUUGUAAUUUUAUAGUUCUUAUGUGGCACACAUUAUUUAAAAUAUCCCGAAAGUACUAUCAUUUUUGAAAUCUUAUGAAAUAUGAGAAAGACAAAGAAACAAAAGAAAUAGUAAACGUGACUUAAACAGAAGAAAAUCGGAUUAAUAUUUGGCGAGGUGUAUUAGUUUUUAUAAUGUAAUUAUGAAUGUAAUGAUCAAUCGAGAAAAAAAGAAAAGAAGCGAUUGAUGGCUAGACAAUAUACACUUUUAUAUGAUUAUUGAAAACAAAUAUAUAUUGUGCUUGCCAUUUUCAUUGGUAUUGGCUCGUGUGCCUAUUGAAAACGCGUGUUUGUAUGUUUCAGCAAGUACUGUGAUAUUGCAGAUAAUUAGAAUAAUGUGACUUUUAAAUGUAUCGGCCUUAUUUAAUUCUUCUACUUCUUCUUUCUCUCUCUCUCUCGCGCACACACACACACUCUCUCUCUCCUUCUUUCUUUCUUUUUUUACAUUGAAUGCGACGACGAAUAUAAAUAAUAAUUAUUGCUAAAUAUUAAUUAAUAUUGUAUAGAUUCUUAAAUGGAUGUAAUGUGUUCAUUGUAAUAUUUUAUGCAGCUUUUAAUUGUCAUUUUGUCCCUGUUUUUUAAUACUUUGUAAUUUUAAGAGAUGUUCAUUGAUUUACUAUCACCUCGUAUAUGUUUUGUGAAUAUCUUUUGUCUUUACGGUUUAAUUAGAUAUAACUUAAUUCGGAUGUAAAAUUGAAAAUGUUAAAAAAUCCUCGUCGCGUUGAUUUGGAUAAUCGAACUUAGAUUUCGUGGUGUAAGAGUUAAACAAUGAAAAAAAGAAAAAACUAAUUUCGAUUACCUAGGAAGAUUGUUAAUUGUUUAUUCUAUAAAAAAUUGUUCAACUAAGAAACAAAUAUUUAAUUUUGUCAAUGCAUUUUAUAACAAUUUUUAUAAUUGAAACUGAUAUCGUUAGUUUCCUAUUUGAAAUUUUUUCAACAAUAGAUAUAUCGAAGAAAUUGCUGAACCAUCUGAUUUCAAUCAAUUAAUUUUCAUAUAUUAUGCUACAAAUGGAUGAAACAUUAUACAUAUAUAUGAUAAUCAAUCAAUCAAGCGAUGUUGUACUGUUUUUAUAAAAUUAAUUGUCUUGUGUUUUUACGUUCUUAUAUCACAGUAAUUCAUCAAAUGAGAUACAUCUAAAGCAAUAAAUCGCCAAGUGUCCUUAUUAAUUUUUCUACUCAUUGUUAAUGGUCAUGUGUUGCUGUGUUAUAUUCACGAUUACACACGAUUAACGAUAAAUCGGUCCAUUCGUUUAAAACGAUACGAAAUAACCGUUACAUAUUUUACUAAUUAGUUGAUAAUGAAAAAAUGUGAUCGUUGAUGUUACUCGUUUGUUGAAAGCAAAAGGAAUUAACACCGCACUGCAUUAUUGCAUCAAUGUAUUUAAUAUGUACAAAGUAAGGAUAAGUCGUUUUUCACAUACAAAACACACACACACACACACACACACACACACAUAAUCAAUUGAAUUUACAGACGAUGAACAAAAAUCAUUAACUAUAGAAAUAUAAGAAUGAUACAUGAUAUCGAAACGAUAAUGAAUAUCAUCUAAAAGAUACAUUAUAUAAAGUUAAUUACAACUUCUCUCAUUUUGUAAGCAGUUUCAUGUUUUUUUUCUUAUAUUGAAAAUAUUUUGAAAUUAGUUAAAAUAAUUACUGUUAAUCUGUAUGCUUAUUGUGCGUCGUAUGUACCAAAGGAAAAAGUAAGUCUUUAUAUAGAGUGGAAGAAUUUGAUAGAAAAAUAUAGCAAAGGAUUUAUUUUACACUAAUUUCAGGUAGUAAUUAUCUUCCAAAACAUCAACGAACGAUGAAUCUUUAUAUGAAUAUAUUAUGGAUAAUUGUUUAUUUUGGUACAUAAGAAGAAUAUGUGUUUAUAUGAAAAUGGUAAAAAUAGAGAAAAGAACUGAUUAAUCAGAAAAGGAAAAAAGAGAAAAUUAAUAUUUUUUCAUUAAAAGCGGUAUAUACAAUAGACAAGAAAAAGAACAAAAAAAAAUGUUAAAGGUUUUAGUCAAUUUUUUCAUGCAUUUUAAGGAUUUUUAUAAAAGAAAGUAGACUGCAUAUCUAAAAUGCAGUAAAGAUGUUACUGCUUGGAGAAGAAUAGCUAAAGGAUGUAACUUUCAAUACAGUGCAUUUAAAUCAAUAAUUGUAAACGUCGGUUUGCAAAAUAUAUUAACUCUGAUUGCACAAAAUUCGUGAUUUACAAUUAGAUCGCUUCAUGUAAAAUUAUCGUUUAGCAAAGAGAAUCGAGUAUUGUGUUACAUCACAUUUAACAAAUAAAUACCAAAGGGAUUCGCUCUUACUAUCAUAAAAGUAAUCCUUGUAUGCUACAAUUUUAUUCUUUGUAUACAUACAUAAUUUUGCAUGUUUUAUUUUAGUUAAUAGCUGUGUGCAAAAUAGUGGCACAAUAUUGUUGUGCCAUGCAUAAGUGGAUACAAUGUUAAUAUAAACUUUCAACAGAUAGUACUUGUUAAUUUUUGUUCUAAAUCACAAGUGAUUAUUCAGAAAUUAAUAUAAAAUAUAUGAAACAUUGUUCGUCGCGCAUAUAUUUAUUGCUCGAUCGUUAAUGAAAUUGCAAACAUUUUAGAUCAUAUAUUAUACUUUAGAGAACAGUUGAAAUCAAAUAAUAACAACAAUAAUAUAAUUUUUAUCAACGAAUACGCAAUAAAUAAUUGCAGAAAAGAAUAAUAAAAUUGAUAUUUUUAUCAUAGAACUUAGGUAAAUGUUGGUAUGAAAAUUUAUCGUUAAGAUCUUUGAAAUGAAAACAUUUUUUAUAAUUCAAUGAAGUGACACACAUAUGAAAGAUGAAAGAAAACAGAAAUUCUAUAAAUGACUGGCAUUCAAGAUGUUAGAUUAAAAGAAAAAAAUAAUUUGACAAUUGAGAAGUACCUCUUAUUGUGUAUUGAAAAAAAAUAUUUUUAUACCAUGAAAUGUACGUGUAUAUAAUAAUUUACCUUUGAAUGUUAUCAAUAUACAGUUAUAAAGUAAUAUUCGUUAAUUUCACACUCGCAUACAUACACACAUACACUAAAUUAAGUUGAAUUUAAUUAAUAAAUUGUAGUAUCAUUGCGAGGUUUUACAUCAUUCGAAUUGCCGCGUGGUAUACAUUAGAGAUUAUGUCUACUUCGAUCAUAAGAUAAUACAGAGAUCUGUUAAUCCAUAAAUCAAA